AUGGAGCGUUUCUGCAAUAUCCCACCGAGCGGGCGGUAAAUUCCAGUGGCCAUUACUAACUGCUUGAGAGACAGUAGCAUUCAGCGGAAUCCUCAGAAAUCUUGGGCCAGAUGAACCGAACAGUAAGAGUAGCGGACCCAGCCAUGUCAUAUUUGUUUUGUGAAAUUGAUUGUAGAAAAGACAUGUGUCAAAAUCAGUUCGCAAAUAUAGUCUAGGAAAUAAUUAAUGGUAAAACCAAAAAAAUAACAAAUUAAUGAAUAGGUUCAACAACUUUGUUUAUUUAGAUUUUUCAAAAUAAUUUCCUUUUAAUAGUAUAGAUUUAAUUUAAUAGUAUAGAUACCCAAAAAAAAUUUAUGAAUGUACAGUGGCCAAAAAUAUUAUUUUAUAUUUUUUACAAAACCAGAAAAAAGUAUUAUCUUAUAAAUCUACCAAUUAAGUUUGUUAUACCAUUUGAUUCAAAAAACAGAAUACUAUUGAAAUUAAAAUCUUUGAAAAUUAUUGAACUUAUUGUUUACAUUCACCAAUCUUCUGGAUGUACGUUUUAAAUUUGAUGUAAAAACAAAGCAGUUUUGGUAUAAGUAGUAUAGAAAGCAAAGCUCACUUCAUAUCUAAUCCUUAAAAAUCACCAUAAAAAGAUGUUUAUUCUGAUUAUUGUAUAUAUUCCGUCGUUUCUUUCUUGCCUCUGAGUUGUCUCCUACAAAACAAAACAUUUUUCUAUCAGAACUUGCUUUCUCCACAAUUCAAAACUAAUUACUUUUAUUCAUUAUUCGCUCUCUCUUUUGCAUAUGAUUUGGUGGAAGAAGAAAGAAAAACAAACAUAUAAUCAGAUCUUGUUUUUAGCACAAACCCGUUUUUUAUUUCAUCUUCCUCCUCGCAUCAUGUAUUGAGAUUAAAGUAGCAGCAAUCCCGGAGUGAAAGAACAAGAAAAAGUCUGAGACUUUACAUCUGGGUUCAAGGUUCAAGAUUAGAUCUUAAAAUUUCUGCAAUGGUUAUGGCAGCAGAACCGCAGUUUCAUGUUUUAGCUGUUGAUGAUAGUUUAUUCGACCGUAAAUUUAUAGAGAGAUUGCUUCAAAAGGCUUCGUGUCAAGUGACAACUGUUGAUUCAGGCUAUAAGGCUUUAGAGUUUCUUGGUUUAAGAGAAGGUUUUGAGAUUAACGACCCAGAUGCAGUUUCUACAUCUCCUGUGAUUCACCAGGAAGUUGAAGUGAAUCUUAUAAUUACAGAUUAUUGUAUGCCAGGCAUGACUGGUUAUGAUUUGCUCAAGAAAGUCAAGGAAUCAUCAGCUUGUAAGAACAUACCAGUAGUAAUAAUGUCCUCUGAGAACGUUCCUGCAAGGAUCAGCAGAUGUUUAGAAGAAGGAGCUGAGGAGUUUUUCUUGAAACCAGUAAGAUUAGCUGAUCUCAACAAGUUGAAACCUCUUAUGAUGAAAACAAAGUUGAAGAACCAGAAGCUGGAAGAGAUUGAAGCACCUUCAAAAGACGAAAGUGGAACCGUAGCAGCAGUAGUUGAACCAGAGGUUAAAGAUUUAACAGAAAUCGGAAUCAAAAUCUUGCCUCUUCAGUCAGAAGUAGAACCGAAACAAGUACAUUUGCAAGUAGUACAACAAGAGGAGCAAACAAUGAGUAACAACAAGAGGAAGUCAGUGGAAGAAGGGCUCUCAACAGAUAGAUCACGUCCUAGAUUUGAGGGUAUCACAACCGCUGUCUGAUUCUAUCGCCAUGAUGCUUCUUUUUUCGGUAUCUUGAUUUUAGAGUUUUGUAGGAAUGCUUCUGCUGGUACAAUACAUGAUUUCAGUAGGGAAUGCAGAGGGGGAUUAUAGAUGGAUGAUGAUUGAUGUAUGGGGAUGAUGUUUAUAUGUACAUCAGUAAAUCUUCAAUGGUGAAUAACCCAGUCUCAGUUUUGUUCACUCCUCUUUUUAGUUUUGCUUUAAAGAAACUCAACUUGUCUUUCUGAAAAUGGUAUUAUGAAGGAUCUGUAGAUCUGUCGCUUUA